CGCCAUGCCAAGUACUCUCAUUGAAAAAAUGAAGCCAUCCGGAGUGUGCUGCAGCAGUAUCCUGCUCGUCUGCUAUCUGACUAUUACGUUCGUAACAGGUAAGCUCUCUCGUCGUCAAACGAUCCUAAGAUUGGUGAAAAAUGUAUGCCUUUUGUUUAUUUAUUUUUGGUAAUUUUUGAAAUUCCAUGCUUUUUAGUAUACAGCAGUUAAACUCGUUCGCAUACAUACUUCAUUAUCAAUUUUUUUCCUUACUCACCACUGCGUAAGUUCUUGGUAUUACAAAAUUUUUUCUAGAAAUAUGUGCAUUCAUUUCUAUCGAGUUAUUGUAGUUGACCUAUAUGUAAAUUCGUUUACAAUAGUUGUAGUUAUUGUUAACUGCAACUAUUGUAUUUGUUAUUAAUUGAAAAGUCAAUACAAACUUUAUAAUUUCAUACGCGCAGACUUUAAAUGAUUUAGAAACGUUUAAGUAAAAAAAUAAAUUUAAAUUUUAGUAGUCAUUUUAAUUUCUAGUAAAUACGUUGUUAUAAUAUUCUAUGGCGUUUUGAUUGGAAAUAGUUUUGUUUUCUGCAUUAUUUUAAGUAAUUUCUAUUGGAUUUUUUAAAUAGAAACAAAAAAAAUUAGAAGUACGUUGUUCUUGUGUAAUUGAUUAUUUGGAUUAUACUAUUGUGUUUUUAUAAUAGGUCGUUUCUAACAUGAAACCAAUAGCUACUGACAUUUUCUUCACGAAUAUUUUUGCUGAAUUUACUAUUUUAUAGUUCUCCUCUUCAGCAUGUGCAGCUAUUCACAGUGGCCUUGACCAUCAUCUCACUUAAUAACACUAUAGUGAUAUUAUCACCCGCGUGUGCAUUACAAGCGUCAAUUGUCCAAGUGUGUCAUUCUCAAUUAUGUAUUUUGCGUCCAUAUUUUCUCUAAACUUCAGAAAACUAUCAUGUACGUCACUCGGAUGAGUCUUAAAUUGAAUUACGACGUUCGUACGUAAUAAUAACAUUAGUUUUGUCAUAUCGUGAUAUCAUUAAAAUCGAUAUUUACAAUUUAUACAUAUUGUGCAUUAUAGAUUUUUUUUUUUUGUCAAGGACAUGUAAUACAAUAUUAUGUACAUCAUCGUUCAGGGUCCUAUCAAUAUUGUUAGAUAUAAAUAAUUUCCACCGCUGUGUUAAUGGGUUUCGUUUCUCCUUUAAUUUUUAGUCUUUUUCAGACUAUUUUGGGUUGUUCACCUUUCGGUUCUAAAUCCUCACCUGACAGUUAAAUACGUAGUCUUCAUAAAAUAUCACUCUCGAAUCUCGACAUCUAAGCGCCAUCGCCUCAUUUUCCUUUUUCAAAUUAAUACACUUCGUUUCUCCAAUAAUUACCUACAAAAACUAUUCGUGUAGCUGGUUUUCGUCUCUUUUCACCUGGGAUGGAGUUAGGAACCAAGAACAGACAAGUAGAUUGAAAUUUAUCUAUGCCACCUGGCAUAACCUUUCUUCCUCGGUAAAAUAUAAAGAUAAAUUAUUCUCAAUACGCUCGAUUCUAAUUAUUCUUUUUUUAAAGUCUAUACAAUUAUACCUAAUAUAUUUUCAAUAAUAAUUUAUUCUGGUGUAUGUAGGUGUAUAACAAUGUAUAUAAAAUAAUUGUUUAAUUAAUUUACUAUUUUAUUAAUAAUUUAAGAUUUGAGUAAUUUUACUUAACCAUUAUAUCAAAUACUAUUUUGUUGAACUUAAAAUUAGUUUUUAAAAUAAAAUUCAACAUAAAAUAUUGUUUGAUAUUCAAAAUAAAUGGUUUAAUUUUUCGAAUUAAGUUUAUUAAUGAAUCAGUUGAUAAUCUUUUAGUGGUUUUACAAUGGUUGUUAUUUAUUUUUUUUUCUGUGAUCAACUUUUCUACCAGAAAUUUUUCUUAGAUUUUCAAGCAUAUUAUCUUUUUUAAAAGGAAAUCUUGUUUGGAUGGUAUUUUAAGAAUGAUAUUUUUUGGUUUUCUAAGCAGUUUUCAUAAUAAUUAGAAAAAACUGGGAAAACGUAGGAGAGAGGGAAAAUUUAUGAUAUAUAUUACUUUCAAUUUUGUUUUUUGUUUUGAUUCAGUUAAAAAUAUUUGUAGGGGUACAAAACUCAUAUUUGGCUUUUCUAGACGUUUUUUUAAAAAUAAUUGAAAAUUGAAACAGAUAAUAAACAUAUCAUUAAAUCGUUAUUAUUUGAAAACUGUUAAACAGCUCACAAAAUAGCUUAGGCCAUCUGUAAAUUACUAGACCAGACAUUUCAAAGCUGAUUCUCGUCACACGUUCGAGGCAUUGUUUACUUUUUCAUAGAAUCAUAGCCGUCCGUCUAACUCUUAUAAACUUAUUCUCAUAAUAAUCGUAUAUAAUAUAUAUUGCGGUAUGGUGUGAUUGGCUAACGAUAGCACCACUAAUCAAAACUGUUGAAAUUAGGUGUUAUCAGAUUACUAAUGAUCUAAUGCUUUGUAUUUUUUUAGAUUCAUUUUUUUAUCAUUAUUAUUAUAUAUAUUUUUGUCUUGUAUUUGUAUUGAUUAUCGAAAUUAAAAUAUGUAUUAAAUCAUUGUAGAAGCCUCUGACCGUUAAUAAAAAUAAAUAGAUAAAUAUAUUCUCUCAAUAAUAGCAAUAAUAAGGUUUUUUUUUUCAGAAUCCGUUCAACAAAAAUACACACAACAAGAUGGCGAAGCGAUAGCGAAAGAUUUAACAUGUGUGUAUUAUUUUUAAAUUUUGGUGGGGUAUAUAAAAUAAAAAAAAAUAAAAAAAUAAACAUCUUAGUAAAACUAAUAGCUCCAUCGCUACGAUCGGAAUCUAAAAUAAAACCAUUAAUAAUAUGAUAUCAAUUAUAAAUAUUACGGUUUAUGUAUGUGUAUUUUUACAGUAUACAAUUGUCGUGGUCCUCUUAAUGCGGACGACGGUGGUCUGGUACAAACCAAAACUUCAUUUUCAGACAGUAAGCUACUUAUCCGGUAUUAAUAAUGCAUUGUUCUUAUAUACAGUGUACACAAUUUUACGCUACAACAAUUUUCUCUUAUAAAAAUACAAAAUAGAAAAUAAUGUAUAACGAAACAUUUGUAAUAAAUAAGGUAAUAUAAAAUUAUAGUGGGUUUGCAUAUUUAGACGCCCUUUGGGGUUAAUUUUUGGAAUUAAAAUGCUAUACUACAUUCAAAAUUCCAUAGAUUAAAAUUCUGUAAACUUUGUGUAUGUUUUAAUAUUUAUAUACUCACUGAAGUUUAACUUUGGUAUUUUUGGUACUAAAGAACUUAAGCCAAUUUUUGUCAUUUUAGGUUUGCCUUUAUUUUGUGUAAUUUCUUUUCUUUAAUUUUUUGUCUAAAUUACAUAAAAUUAUUUUUAAAAUUGAAUUUGCUUGUAUUGACAACCGUACAAAAUUGACUUAAGUCUUUUCUCCUUGGGUUAAGGAUACAUAGAGAAUGACUUUAAAUUAAUUCACUCACCACUCUCCCUUCCUAUUGUGUAGCUUUAUAAUCAUGUUUAAUUUUCCCACAUAUUAAUCCACCAAUGAAAAAUUAUGUAUGGAGGAAUUUUCAUGGUUUAAAAAAAAAAUUUCUUUUUGUUCUUUGCAAUUCAGUACCUCGAUCUGCCAAAUCGAGAGUCAGAGUGAGCGGCAAAAGAGGAAACCAAUUUAAAAGUGAGUUGUUUUCUUUGGUCUACACACGGUAUAUUAUAUUUUAUCUUAUAGGUACUUCCACUUUUAUAAAAAUAUUAUUGAUUUUGAAAUGUGUACUGUUGUUUUGCAGACUUCAUGUUGAGCAGGGACACGUCUAAAGGUAAAAUAUGUAUACGCUAUACUGAAUCCGAGUUCUCCCUGUUUAACAUAAUAUCAUUAUUACGUUCGACGUUUUUUCGUUUUUUUCAGACGCGGCCAGUCAAGUUCAAAAAGGAUCGUAUAUACCAGUAAAGGCCAACGGAAAAAGAGACGUAUUGUAUCCUCCUACAAAUGUAUACGGUGAGUUUUUCCGCAUUUUCUGUAUUCGAUUUCAAUAAUAAGAGAAAAUGAUAUUUCGAAUUGUUACUGAUAAGACCACAACUCGACUAUACAUACAUGUUUAUGUAGAAAUAAACCACCAAAUUUUGCGAUUAGUUUCUGUACAAUUUAUGUGCUCGCAUGAUUACAGUAUCAUCAAUUAGUUAUUAACUAUAUUAUUUUUGAAAAAAAAUAUAGUAAUUUAUUGAAAUUCGUUUAUAUUUUUUAAAGCAUAAAAAUAGAAUAUUAUAAUUACACAUAAUAAAUAAAUAAUUACAUAUAUAUAUAUAUAUUUAAUAUAUAAUACAAUAUAUUUAUAUCUUAAAAAAUGUAACAGAGUCGUUUCUAAAUUUGUUUUAUAUAAUAUAUAGAUAUUUACACGGGAUACAACGACAUGGAUCUCUUUCAGAAAUGGCUGUCGUCGUAUUAUCUACAAUAAUAGCCGUCGAACUUCGUACGACCAUAAAAUUCAACCAUCGUUGACCGUCGAUUAUUCGAUAAGCGUCCGCGUAGAAAGCUUUCUAGUCUUGCGUAGUCUCUGGAGCCUAGAUUAUUAAAAUAUCAGUAAAUUGUUAUAUUUAAUAGGUACAACUAAUUAAAAUUGAUUAUGUUUUCAAUUAUAUAGGUAUUUUAAUAACAAUAAUAAUAAUAAAUGAAAAUUUAUUAAAGAAAUAAG